AUGGAGGUUCAAGUAGUGGAAACUCAACGAGGCCAAGUUUCCAUUUUACGUUCUGAAUACAAAUAUUCACUGAAGUGUCGGAAUCAGUAUUCCACUGAAAGGUGGAUCUGUAUAAAGCGCUUUUGUCCAGGUUCCUGUGUCCCUCGUGUAGCCAAAAAUGAAGUCGAAAUAAGCCUGUUCGGAUCUAAGAAACGUGCCCGUGAAGAAAUGACUCCAGUGCCACAAAUUUUCAGGCAACAGCUAAUGAACUUACAAGAUGCUGGACUAGAUUUGAUCAUUGACAUUCCGACAUUUAUGUCUAUCAAAGAUACAUUGUACACACAAAUAAAUAAGAAACUAGGAAUUCAACGGAUACCAAAAUUGUUCCACGAAAGAUACAAAAUUCCGCCUGAACCGCCCAUGUCUGGUUUAUCAUACCGCUUUUCGCAACAAUAUAACCAACCAGUGGCGGCAGCAACUGCGCCACCCAACAUGGCCACGCAACGUUUUUGCCUCAGAUGGAACAACCAUCAGUCCAACCUCUUAUCAGUCUUUGAUCAGCUACUACAUGACGAAAGCUUUGUAGACGUUACUUUGGCGGUGGAAGGACAACUUUUAAGGGCUCAUAAAAUGGUUUUGUCAGCUUGUAGUCCUUAUUUUCAAGCUCUCUUCAUCAAUCAUCCAGAUAAGCAUCCGAUUGUUAUCCUCAAGGAUGUUCCUUAUAGUGAUAUGAAGAGUUUACUGGAUUUUAUGUAUCGAGGGGAAGUUAGUGUGGAUCAAGAUAGAUUGACACAUUUCCUGAGGGUAGCGGAGAGCUUAAGAAUUAAGGGAUUAACUGAGUUCCUCAAAGUUGAUUAUUUCCUCAAGGUAAACGAAGAAAAAUGCGACAACAUUGCCAACUCGCUGAGUCAACAAAAUUCCAUCCCUAAUCUGCAACGUAUACAGCAGCAACAAAACAAACGACCAUCUGUAGCACAAGCAGGAAACUACAACAUGCUAGGCAACUACCUAAUGCAACCGAAGAGGAAACGAGGAAGGCCAAGAAGGUUGUCCGGCAAUUCGGGCGACGAGUCAGAAGCUAAAGACUCUGUAGUCCUGGGUAGUCCGGAAAUGUUGGAAGUUAAAAUGGGUAUGGAUGGUUUUGCGGGGAACAACUCAGAUGGCAGCACGAGUAAGGAAGAAGAUGAGGUGGCGAAAGUUAAAGAGGAAACAGGGGAUGAACCUGUUGCGGGCACAUCACAAGAGAAUUUUAGUGAGAGGCGGAAUUCGGACGAUAUGCCAGUUGUUUCAGCCAAAAAAGACCAGGCUUUUCCUCAAGUAUCCCACAACAACAACGUCCAUUGCAUCAACUUCAAUUCAUCUUUACAACUAGAAUACGGUUUGCCUUACUUGAAAAGAUCAGAGUUUAGAACUGCUAUUUUCGAGCCUCCUCAACAGCAGCCUUUAGAACUUAGAGUUGAAUCCAAAACUGUUGAAGAUUCAUCUUCUGAUGAUUUAGAGGUUGAUGAAAGGGAACCUGAUGAUGUUAGUGAUGAGCCCGUUGAUGCUACAAAAAAUUCGAAUGGAGUAUCUAAAGAAAUUGAAGAACGUUCUGGUACAAACAAAACUAAACGGUCCACGGUAGAUAUAGAUGAAUUUAUGAAUUAUGAAGUAAUAAUGGACGAUCCUCAAUAUGAUGGUCCUGUUUGUCGAUACAUCAAUUAUUCAAAAAAAAUCGCUGACCCUGACAAGUCAGCACGCGAUUUUUGUAUAAGGGAAAAGGAUAAUUUAUAUCGCUGUACAGUUUGCGAUAGAGUUUAUACUCAUAUAAAUAUUUCAACGAUGACACAUCAGCAGCUAUUAACUCCCAAAGUUGAGGUUACGGAAACAUUUGAGGCUAACUCUGAAGCAACAAGCAAUAAUCCCACACCUGAAUCCAGCCGAAUAAGCACCCCUGAAAGUGUUCUCAACAAUAAUAACAAUUUGAGUACACCUUCGACAAGUACAAAUACCAUGAGCGCGCCUCCUGCAAGAUCCACCAAGCAGAGGCGUAUCAGACGUAGGGUGGCAUCACAGAGCCAAGACCCCGCAGAACAACUAACGGAAAUGUCUGUAAGAGGACUCAAUUUAUUUCGUUACGCCUCAAUAAAUGACGGCAUCUAUCAAUGUACCGAGUGUGCAAAAAUGGACAUCACGAAAACGUUUAAAAAUAAAUAUAGCUUCCAAAGGCAUGCCUUUUUGUACCACGAGGGGCAUCAAAGGAAAGUUUUUCCGUGUCCAGUAUGCUCGAAAGAAUUUUCGAGGCCCGACAAAAUGAAAAAUCACAUGAAAACAGUACACGAUUGUUUUAUGCCCAAAGACGUUGUUAGCGAUGUCAUAUUUCCUCCAGCGCCUAUGGGGUUUUACCCAACAAUUUAGGCUGAAAAAUAAUUUGAAGUUGGUGCUAUUGUAGUUUUGAAGCUUGGAACAGCCAGUACAAAUUUAAUAUGCUUCAAAACUAUUAAAAGAAAAAAAAUGAAUAAAAUUCAAUAAUGAAAGUACAACUCUAGAACUAUGUAGUUUAGGUAAUGUGUGAUUAACCAGGCAAAAUCUGGUUAAAAAUAACUUUGGUUUAAAUAGAUUUUAGUAUUUUUAUAGAUCUUUAUAUUGCCGGAAAGUCAGUCAACAAUAUUUUUUUCAAUAGGGCAGUGUGUCCCCAAGAAAAAAAAUAUUAUUCUCAGAAUUUUUUAUUUUGUUUUCAGAAAUCUAUUUUUUAUUUAUGCAUUUGACAUUCUUGAGUAUUGAAAAUUUGGUUAAAAUAUAGGUAUAUACACACUUUAAGGGUUCAUUAUGUGAUUUUGUUUUAAAAUUUUUGAAUCGAUCCAAGUGCCUUUUUUCACAUUUUAGGUUUAGAAAAAGAUAGUUUUUAUGUUUAAUAACAUUUGGGUUUUUUUAAGGAUAGUGUUUAUAUUGAUUUCAGAAAUAAUUUUUAUGUAUUACGGACUGCACAGACUGGAGACAAUAAUCACCUUAUAACAUUAAUAAUUAUUACUUUUUUCGGCCCCAUAACGCACAAAUUAAUUCGCGUUAAAAAUAUAUUUUAAGUUACAUGGUUUUUAAAUGUUUAACAAAUAAUAUCAUAGGUGUUGGGAGAAAAGAAAUAACUUUAAUUUUGUUUUUUUUUUUCAUGUAAUUAUAGAAUGUUAUUUAUUUUAUUUGCUCUAAGCUUUUGUUUUUUUUUUCUGUUGAUUAAUUCUACAUUUUUUAGAGUUUAGGCUUUUUAACAAUUUAUUAGUGGGUUUUCAAUAUUUUUAUUUGGAUUUUUAAGCUUCAAGGCUUUUUAUAAUACAUUUUUUAUAGCUGAUACCUCAUAAUAUCUAGCCAUCUAGGUUUAGGAAGGGUAAGUCUGUCAAUGUCGAUGAAUUUAUACAUACAGGGUGUCCCAAAAAGAUACCGACAAACUUUAAGGGGUAGUAGGGGACAUCAAAACAAGCAUUUUUGUUUAUAUAAACAUAUUUCCGCAAAUGAGCCAUUUGGGCUGUAGAGCAAAAAAACUGUUUGGUAUCUUGCUGUUUUAUUCUUCGCAAUAAUUAAAUCACUGUUUACUUAUUAAUUUUGCUUUAAUAGCAAAUAAAUUAUGGUUUACAAUAAUUGUUCAACUCUCGAACUCUUUGGAACAUUCCGGGAAUAGCUUCUACUUGGGUACAACUCGCCAGUUUCCUUGCUAUCAGAUCUUCCUCAUUACGAACA